ACACACACACACAUAUACACAAACACACACACACACACACGAUAAACACGCAAACACACACACAUUGCUAGGUCCAAACACACUGUUUGACAAACUGGUCAAAGUUCAAAAGUUACAUAAGCCAAUGAGAUUUACAUAAAGUUCUCCCCCCCCUGUUUCUUACCAAGGGGCCUUGUUAAGCCACAAUUUAUUUACUUUUCCCUCGGAUUGUCAUCAUAAACUGCUAAACCUUUUGUGCACCUCAGAGAAGUCAAGUGCACUACUUGGGUCUAGACAGGUGCAGACAAAUUGAUAAUAAAUUAAAAGAUAUUGGACGCUGGGCCUCGACAAUAAAUUAGCUCAAGUUCUCAGGAGAGUUGUUGGCCAUUCAUUGUUGGAGUGUAUAUGGUAGAGAAAACACCCACACACAGAAUUUAACCAGAGCAAAGCAAAAGGACAGUGUCCUAUAAGGAUGUGUAAUGUGUCUGUCUGGGGGAUACAGAGCAGGAGGGUCACAGGGCUUAGAGAACAUACGUAGUGUGGAGAUGAGGUAGGGUUUGUGUGUGAGUGUGGCAUCUGAGGGACAGCUGUUCAUCCAGCUGCUGUCCACUGGGGGGUCUCUUCUUACAGAUGUUCUCAUCUACACUGCGGGGGGGGGGGGUCACAACACACACAUCUGGACCAGGGUGACCUCAUCUCCUGGCUGCAGCCCCCGGUAACCUUGACACACCCCACCUCCUUGUGUGUGUGUGUCAGCGAGAGAGAGAGAGAGAGAGAGAGAGAGUCUAGGUGUGGGGUACAUCAAGGAAAGCCAGUGUGACCAUAAUCAGGAUAAGAGGGUGGUACCAUUCUUUAGGCAUUCUGAUUGGCUACUAGGUCUGAUAUAGUGAUGGCAGGCUCAUCAAUAUUCACAAUUCUCUCUCUAAAGGUAUGCUGGGACAUUAGUAUGCUGUGUUGUGCUGUUGUCUCACAGGGUUGGGCUUAGAGGCCUUACCCCACAGGAGCCCCCCGAGAAUAAACAACCAGCAUUGUGUCUGAAAAGUCAACAUCUCGCUCCACAGGACUGUUCCCCAACAAAAAUGGCCGUGUAUGUGGUGUGUAUGCAAAUUACCUCUUUGUCCAAUUUAUCAACAUUAUAUGACACACAAUGGGGUUGUUAGCCAAUCAUCCAUCAGCUUCAAUGGAACAGGAGCUCAGCUGCCAAUAAACCAUUCAGGGGAAGGGAUGUGGGUUGAAUAUGGAAGUUUGGUGUCUGUAUAGAAGGAGAGAUAUUAUGUGAAUAUGUUCUGUGUGUGUGUGGACUCUUUGACUUAGGCACUUCCUUGAUAUAUUAUGUAUUAAGAAAAGCGGUUAGAGAAGGAAGGGGUGAUAUGGUUUUAUAAUCUCCCUGAGAGCCGUUGAAGCUUGUUCUAAGUGGUCUUCUGUUAUGGUGUUAGUUAUUUAUAUAUUUCAGAAUUUUUAGGGGUCCAGGGGUAUGAACCUCUCCCAAUUUUCCCUCCUACAAAUUCCACCCUAGUUUUGAAUCAUGGUUUCGGCCUUUAAUACUCAUCCAGAAGCAAUGAAUCGAUAGGAAACUGAAGACCUUAGUCUGUGGUUCUCGUUCACUCACUCUUUUUGGAAUAGGAAGAGCUCUAAAAACACAGAAAGACCAAGGCACGUCGGAGUCACUCUGUCUUCCACUAGGUAAUUACAAUACAUCACUGAUUAAUUACACAAGUCAAUGACAAAAUAGAUCUGUAAUAUGGGUGUGGAGUGAUAUUUGAUGCCAAGCUUUUGGUUCUUCCCAGUGUUAGGAAGAAACUGUUUGAAGGGAGUUCUCUGGGGUUGGUGGUUAGGAUGAUUUGUGUGUGUGCGCCCGUGUGUGUACAGGGCCAUUAUCUCUCGAAUGGGAGCUGAGAAUCCGAUCUUACUGCCUGCUGUAAACAGGAAAGGACAGAGCCCUGCAACUAUUUCCAUUGUUCCUGGAAAAAGGCCAACUUGUUCCAUCUGCUGUACUUGCCCAUGGCAGAUAUUGACAUCAUUCAGAAAGAGGGAGAACUGCCUGUCCCCAGUCAGCCCAGAGAAGUGUCCCCUGGUGCAGGCGUUCCUCUCUCCAUGGAGGGUGUUCCUGGCCCACGCCCACACCCAGCUGCAGACCGGUUUACAGACGCAGGAGAGACACCUCUUCCUCUUCACUGACACACUCCUUAUCGCCAAGGCCAAGUCGUCCACACACUUCAAGCUGAAGGCUCAGGUGCGUAUGUGUGAGAUGUGGACAGCAGGCUGUAUGGAGGAUGUGUGUGAAGGCACCACCAGUCCAGAAAGGAGCUUCGUCAUGGGCUGGCCCACUUUCAACUGUGUCGCCACAUUCAGUUCUGUGGAGCACAAGGAGAAGUGGCUUUCUCUCAUCAAAAGUCGAAUAAAUGAAGAGAAAGAGAAGGAUGACCCCAAGACCAUUCCUUUGAAAAUAUUUGCAAAGGACAUUGGGAAUUGUGCUUAUGCUAAGACUCUAGCUGUCAGUAAUUCCGACAGCACCACUGAUGUAAUCCGAAUGGCACUACAGCUGUUUGGCAUUUCGGGCUGUGUGAAAGACCACCAGUUGUGGAUGAGCUCCUGUAAGGAUGACUCCCCCUAUCCUCUGAUUGGGCACGAGUUUCCCUUCAGUAUCAAGAUGAGUCACAUUCGUAAUGUGGGAGCAGGAGGAGAUGGAGGGAAGGAUGCAGUUCCUCCUCCGGAGGACCAGGGGGCGAUGCUGCUGGACCAGUGUCUCCCUCCAGACACCCAGUGCCAGUUCAUCCUCAAGCCCAGCCGGGUGGGCCUCAGACAGGCUCCGCUCAUAGAGCCAGGUCAGAAGUCUGUUAAGAGGAAGAGGUUGUUGAUAAACUGGGCCUUCUGGAGGGGGUCCAGUAGCCAACUGGAUGGUGUCCCCCUGUCCCCCACCUCCCAGUCCCUCACCCCGGGACGCCUGUUCGGACGGUCUCUCAGUUCCGUCUGCCCCCCUGACCACACCCUGCCCAAACCUGUCAUGGACAUGCUGGUGUUUCUGUACCAGGAGGGUCCCUACACCAGGGGUAUAUUCCGUCGCUCUGCAGGGGCCAAAGCCUGCAGAGAGCUGAGAGACAGACUGGACAAUGGGACAGAGGACACACACACACUCACACACGAGUCUGUGUUCGUCACCGCCGCAGUCUUCAAGGACUUCCUGCGGAACGUUCCAGGCAGUCUGCUUUGUGUGGAUCUGUAUGAGCAGUGGGUUAGAGUGAUGGAGCGAGAGGAGGGAGAGGAGAAAUGGCUAGCCAUCCAUAGGUUAGUCCAUCUUCUGCCCAGUGAAAACCUGUUGCUUCUCAGACACGUGGUUGCCGUGCUCCACUGUAUUCAAGGAAAUGCAGAAGACAACCAGAUGAAUGCCUUCAAUCUGUCUGUGUGCAUCGCUCCCAGCAUGCUGUGGACACCAGCCCCCUGUAGCCCACGGGGGGAGGGGGAGGCCACCAAGAAGGUCUGUGAGCUGGUACGGUUCCUGAUUGAGAACUGCAGGAAGGUCCUGGGAGAUGAUGUCACCUCUCUGUUUGGUGCAUUCCCUCAGAAGAGCAACAGCAGCGACCACGGAUCAGAUGUGUCAUCUUUCCAGAUGAAUGACUCAUCCUACGACAGCCUGGAGAACGAGUUAAACGAAGACCCAGAGUCACCCUUCCAGGAGUCCCUCCCUCUGAGAGACAAGGCCAUGCCAGACAGCCACAGCAGAGACUCUGUCAUCACGCUGAGUGACUGUGACCCAGACCCUGACCCUGACCCUGAGGAUGACCUCCUACAUCUCCCUCCACUGCCCAGACCCAGGAAGUUCACCUCCGUCGUACGCCAACCACAGCCACGUCAGUCCUUUGUCCAAUCACAUGGCCCUCGGAGGUUACGACGCAGCUCGGAGCCCGCCCUCGGACACACCCCCGGAGCUCUGAUUGUCCAAUCAGAUAAGCACAGUUUGGCAUCACGUAAAGCAAGCUACGAUGCGGCGAUGGAGGGAGAGGAAGAAGAGGAGGAGGAAGAGGAGGAUGAAGUGUUUCUGAAGCAGGGGCUCAGGGCUCUGCAGCUGAAAGACAUUGUAGUCACAGGUGGAGAAAGAGGAGGGGUUGGAACUCUUGGGCGGAGGAAGCUGAGGCACGCCCCGCCCCCUCCUUUACGAUUGGAUGCAAGCUGCUCCAGCCUGUCGUCCCCGGCGACCUCCCCCACAGGCUCCUCCCUCAGCUCCUUAGACUCCGCCUUCUCCCAGUAUUCCACGGACUAUGUCACCAGCGCAGGCUUCCAUUUGGCUGAGCCUUCCCCCCACUCCCCACUCUCACCCCGCUUCCCCCUCUCACACCUCUUCCCCCUCUCACCCCGCUUACCCCGCUCCCCCCAGGGCUCACCCCCCAAGAGAGACACAGUGGACUGUAGCCAAAGCCACCCCCCCCACUCGUCCCGGACCCCGUCCACCCACCACGGCCUGCACCCCAACACUUGGUUCAAGAGGGACCGACGGCUGUCGCUUCGGCAACCCGACAACGGACACCUGGAGGAGGAAGUGGGGGAGGGGGAAGGGGAAGGGGUUAGCCUCCCAAAAUCCCCAGAGGUUAAAGGUGUAGAGGUGACCACCAAGAGGAGGUCCAGCAGCCCUCCAUCCUACCAGCAGGCUAUCCUACAGCUACAGGGGAGUAGGUCUCCCUUCUACAGAGGCACAGAGAAACCCCUCACCGUAAAGGAGCUACGGCUGCUACACAACCAGUCCUGCAAAGUCACCCACAGACCCCCCACAGGAAGUGGCGUUACCCAGCAGCCCACUGGAAUAGAAAGUGAGGUCAUCCAGCCCCCCCAGGGUGUGUUCUAUGGACAGAGUAGCUCAACACUUACCCUCCAGAGGCAUAAGUCUCAUUCCCUCACCCCGGCCAUGGAAGCCAGCCGCAAGGUCCUCACCAUGCCUCGCAGAGCCUCCGAGCCCUCAUGCGUGACAGAUGCAGCCUCCAGCCUUACCUCGGAGAGGCCCAGGGUCAAGUCCCGGACCCACAGGGUCAAAGAUCAGCAGCUCCCUGAGAGCGGACUUAGAGUCUCUGACGUGGAGCCACAGCGCAACGGAGCAGGCCCAAACUCAGAGCCAGGGAUCUGCCUAUCACCCUCCACCACGCGGGCAGUGAGGGACUACUUUUCCUCGCAGGGGCGGGUGGAUGCAGACGCAUGCCUGGGUAGGAGUCAAGAGGUGGCUCUGGCCCUCGUCCAGGGGAAGAGGGAGUGGCAGAGCAGGAAGUGUAGUGACCCGUGUGUCGACGACUUUGACCAAAUGUUCUUUGCUGAGGAGUCCUACGUUUAAUACAUUCAAGAGGAUUUUAAGAGUGUCUGGGUUUGUUUUAUAUGGCUGGUCAAUGUUGUUUAUAGCAUAUCGUUUGUAUGUUUAUAUGGUCUUGUUGUUGGUGUUUAUAUUGUCAUAUAUGUACAGUUAUUUUCCCCUGGUCAUAGUAGAUGUUUGGUUGUGCUUGAGCUCUGUUUCCGCAUGUCUGUCGUUCAACAACAGGUAGAGGUCUAUAUUUAUGUUCAUGUGAUGCUUUGUUAUAGUGUUGUACGACCUGUAAGAAAUCAUAUGUGUAUUUUUGUACAUGAUGCCAAUCCUGCUGCUGUACUAUAGAGUAUAUUUGCUACAGAACACACCGUUUGUAUAUCUGAUGUCUAAUGCUUAUGAAAAUUAAUUAUAACGAUUAUAAUAAAACGUUGCUCUUGUGAAAGUA